UCUGUUUUGUAAUCUGUUUUCAAGAUCUGGUGCUUGUGUUUCUAACACCCCAUCACGUGAGCUCUGACGUAGACCUCACCAUGACUAUGAGCAAAUCUACUGCAAGGAUGUCUGUGGGAUGGCGGAGCCAGCUCCCUGCAGCAAACCGUCCUUUGUCAGAAAAUUUCCGCAGGGCCUCACAUAGUGGAUUCUGCAUCCAUAGGUCUGCGCUGGCCCGAUAUGGAAUGUGAAUUUGACUUUUGCAGGAUUCCAGAUGACAGUCAUGUCCCUUUCCAGGGACCUCAAGGACGACUUUCACAGUGACACAGUGCUCUCCAUCUUAAAUGAGCAGCGCAUUCGGGGCAUUUUAUGUGAUGUCACUAUCAUUGUAGAAGACACCAAAUUUAAAGCUCACAGCAAUGUCCUGGCUGCUUCGAGCCUUUAUUUCAAAAAUAUCUUUUGGAGCCAUACCAUCUGUAUCUCCAGUCAUGUCCUGCAGCUGGAUGAUCUCAAAGCCGAAGUGUUUACAGAGAUACUUAAUUAUAUCUACAGCUCCACUGUGGUGGUCAAGAGGCAAGAAACGGUCACUGAUCUUGCAGCUGCGGGAAAGAAGCUGGGAAUAUCAUUCUUGGAAGACCUUAGUGACCGCAACUUCUCAAAUUCCCCAGGUCCCUACGUAUUCUGCAUUACUGAAAAGGGCGUGGUCAAAGAAGAAAAAAAUGAAAGAAGGCACGAAGAGCCAGCCAUUACCAGUGGGCCACGGAUCACAAAUGCAUUUUCCAUCAUUGAGACAGAAAAUAGUAAUAACAUGUUUUCUCCACUGGACCUGAGGGCAAGCUUCAAAAAAGUGUCAGAUUCCAUGAAAACAGCCAACCUUUGCCUGGAGAGGACCAACGUGUGCCACGAGGCGGAGCCUGUUCGCACGCUGGCGGAGCACUCGUAUGCCGUUUCUUCCAUCACCGAGACCUACAGGAGUCAGCCUGUGCAGGAACAGGAGAGCAGUUCACCUGGGAAAACAGGCAAAGAAAAAGGUGAAGCCCUUGCCACAAAAGCAAAAGCCUGCCGAAAGCCAAAGACACUCUCCACACCCCAGGAUUCGAAUUCAGCCACAGAAAAUACUCCUCUCCCUCCAGCAUCUAGCCCAGAGGCUAAUCAAGAAAAAGAAAGAAGUCCCCAGCCAGCAGCAAUUCUGUCUCACUCAAAGUCUCCCAGCAACGAAGGCGUCGAUUUUCCCAGGGAAGAUGAAAACCAACCUUCUGAUGCCCCGGGCCAGCCAGCAGCAGAGGUGCCACCUCUUGUCUAUAAUUGCAGCUGUUGUUCCAAAUCCUUUGACAGUAGCACUCUGCUCAGUGCCCACAUGCAGCUCCACAAGCCAACCCAGGAGCCUUUCGUGUGCAAGCUUUGCAACAAACAGUUCACCACCCUGAACAGACUGGAUAGGCACGAACAAAUCUGUGUGAGGUCAAGCCACAUGCCUAUGCCAGGAGGAAACCCACCCUUUUUAGAAAACUAUCCCACUAUUGGACAAAAUGGAAGCUCAUUCACAAGUCCGGACUCUUUGUUGUCUGAAAAUAGGAUUGGCGAAUUUUCCAGUACUGGAGAUAGCUUGCCAGACACAGACCACAUGGUGAAGUAUGUCAAUGGGCAGAUGCUCUACAGUUGCGUUGUGUGCAAACGCAGUUAUGUGACUUUAUCCAGCCUCCGAAGACAUGCAAAUGUUCACUCAUGGAGAAGAACAUAUCCUUGCCAUUACUGCAACAAAGUGUUUGCGCUGGCUGAGUACAGGACAAGACAUGAGAUUUGGCACACUGGAGAAAGGCGCUAUCAGUGCAUUUUCUGCCUUGAAACCUUUAUGACCUACUACAUACUAAAAAACCAUCAGAAGUCUUUCCAUGCCAUAGACCACAGACUUUCCAUCAGUAAGAAAACAGCAAACGGAGGUUUAAAGCCUACAGUCUAUCCAUAUAAGCUAUAUAGGCUCUUGCCUAUGAGAUGUAAGAGAGCACCUUAUAAAAGCUACCGAAAUUCCUCAUAUGAAAAUGCUCGCGAGAACAGUCAAAUGAAUGAGUCUGCGUCUGGUACCUAUGUUGUUCAGAAUCCGCAGAGCUCUGAAUUACCCACACUGAAUUUCCAAGAUGGUGGAAAUGCCUUGACCACCAGUCCUGCCAUCCCAAUGGAAACAUCUGCAUGUCAGGAGGCACCCACUUCUGCCAAGGCACACAGUGCAGAAGGUACCAAAUGGAAAAAGGAGGCACUGAAAACUGAUCUUGGUAGUAACUUUUACCCAACUGAGAUGUCGGUCUCCUCCUCUGCAAAUGCUGUCAGCUCCAACCUACAGACAGGGGAUGCCCCAGUUUCAUCUCUGAGCAAUGGCAGUGAGAACUUGGCCUCUGUGAUCAGCUACAGUGGCUCAGCACCCUCAGUCAUUGUGCACAGCAGCCAGUUUUCAUCAGUGAUCAUGCACAGUAAUGCCAUUGCUUCUCUGACCAAGAGCAACCACAAAGCCCCUUCAGACUCACCCAUCAGUCAGUCCCUGAAAGAUGACAGCAAGCCUGAGGUGGAUAAAGUGGGUAAGCUUGCCGGCAGACCCAAAAGCUUGAAGGAGAAAAGGAAAGCUCUUCCAUGUAACAGGGAAGAAAUACUAGAGGAGUCAAAACCUAUUACUGAGCCUGGAGGGUCUCUGAACAAAACCACAAAUCUUGUUGAAGAAACUAGUAAAAUUGAAACAUACAUUGCAAAACCUGCUCUGCCUGGAACCUCCACAAAUAGCAAUGUUGCACCUCUUUGCCAAAUAACAGUGAAAAUUGGGAAUGAAGCUAUCGUGAAAAGGCAUAUCCUUGGGUCUAAACUGUUUUACAAAAGAGGGAGAAGACCCAAAUAUCAAAUGCAGGAGGAAACAUUGCCUCAGGAGAGUGACCCAGAAACCCAUGGAGACAGCCCACUAGGGCUUUGCCAGUCUGAGUGUGUCGACAUGAGCGAACCAUUUGACGAUGCAAGUGACCAGGAUUCCACUGACAAGCCAUGGCGCCCUUACUACAACUACAAGCCCAAGAAGAAAUCCAAACAGUUGAGAAAAAUGAGGAAAGUCCAUUGGAGGAAAGAGCGUGGAAGCAGAAGCCCAAGCAGUAGGUGCAAAUACCCAGCCAAACUGGAUUGCGCUGAAGGAAAGCCACCUCCAGAUAAGGCCUUCGAGGAAGAAGAAAAUAAAGAGAUGCCCAAGCUGCAGUGUGAACUCUGUGAUGGUGACAGAGCAUCAGGGGCUGGAAACCAAGGCAAACCUCACCAACAUCUCACUUCCAAGCCUCACAUCUGCGAACUCUGUGCUAAGCAAUUCCAGAGCCCUUCCACACUCAAAAUGCACAUGAGGUGUCACACUGGGGAGAAGCCGUACCAAUGCAAGACCUGUGGGCGGUGCUUCUCAGUGCAAGGCAACUUACAGAAACAUGAACGCAUCCACCUGGGGGUGAAGGAGUUCAUCUGUCAGUAUUGCAACAAGGCGUUCACGUUGAACGAGACUCUCAAAAUCCAUGAAAGAAUCCACACUGGUGAAAAGCGUUACCACUGUCAGUACUGCCUUCAGGGAUUUUUGUAUCUUUCCACAAAAAGGAAUCACGAGCGGAGGCAUGUCCAGGAACAUGAUGGGAAAGGCUUUGCUUGCUUCCAGUGUCCCAAAAUAUGCAAAACGGCUGCCGCCCUCAGAAUGCACCAAAAGAAACACUUAUUCAAAAGCUCAAGUAGGUCAGAGAAAACAGAUGAUAUGUGCCAGGAGAACUCAGACCCGUUGGAGAGUCAGCACACGGAUUCAGAAGACAGUGACCAGAAGGACAGCACGCAACCAUUGUUGAAAAUGGCCUUUGAGUGACAACAGUUAGAAAACUCUUCAAAAAGUUAAGUUUGUGAUGAUUUUUUUAAGUUUAGUUUUGUUCACACACUAGUCAUGAAGGAGUGAAAAAAAAUUUGUUUCAUUUGUGAAAAAUCCAGAAAAAGGAUCCUAAUGCGUACUUUGGAUUUUAUUAUUCACUUCACACAAAGUGCACAAAAACAAAAUAGCUGACUCCGCUAACAUCCCAAGUAUUUUGUGAAAGUUAAUGUUCUUCACUGUGGUAUUUCUACCAGUGAAAAAGCAGCUGGGUUUUAGCCUACUUUAAAACAUCCUGGUAAACGCGCAUGAGAAAUAACUGCUGAGUCAUCUUUAGUCACUGGAGAAUGUAAGAGUCCAAUGUAUGAAGAUGGCAUCUUUGACGUGUUAAAUGAUAAACGAGCUAUGACAGUAUUUAUUCCCAUCUGGCCUCUGCACUAUUAAAUCUUUGUUUAAGUAAAUGGCUAUCCACGAAAUACUUAAUAAAAUACUGAAAAUAUGUAUGUAAUUCGUAACCUAAAGUAGGACAUUUAUAACAUUAUGUAGAACUACUUUUCUGCAGCAUAAGCCUUGUAAAAUACAUAUAUAAGUCACUAUACCUUUUACCUGUCCAUAUACCUUGUAGAGAAUUAUAAUGAGCAAUAGAUCUGCAAAUAAUGAGAGCUGGUUAAAAAUCAAAUAGAAAGCAUUUUGAAUAUGACUUACGAGCAUGUUUAUGCUUCUAGAUUUGGAAUGCUAUGCUGUUCUCUUAAAGUAUGGCUGAGCUGUUAUUAGAACUGGUCUACUCAAGUCACAGAAAGCAUAGAUCAUGCCUUAUCUUUGGGGAAAGACUUCCCAGAACUUACCUGAGAUUACCUAUGCUGAAUAAUCCUUUGCAGUGGCCUCACCUCAGAGAAUGAAGAAGGGUCAAAUUCUUCUGAAACUCUCUGCAGUCUUCCAGUCAUCCCAAGGCCAUGGAUGUCGGAGGCUAUUCCACACAGAUGUAAGGGGUCAAAUAAUCCUGAGGUCUCCCAUUCCUCUGAAGGAGUGUUCAGGAGAUUGAGUGCAAGACACAGCUCUGUGGUAGUGAAAUCUUAGGCACUUGAAAAUGACAGAAAGUCUAAUUCCUCUGUCGUACACCUCUUUGGAGAUUAUGCAGCCCACAGGUACAUACUAGUUUUGAAUAAAAGGACAACAGAAGCCCCCACACUUAUUAAUGACAUAGUGGGCAAGAGGAAGUGAUGACCUUCCUUGCCUCCAAUAACAGCUUUGUUCUUUAGGGGUUGGAAGAUAGAAUGUGGAGUAAUGAGGUUCUGUCCCUUACUCACACGACUCAGAAACACAUCCAUAAAGUCAGAUGCUUCGUCUUCAUGUUUGCAGACACCUAGCUCCCUUGCUAAAACUCCAUAUAAAUUUUUAAUCUUUUUAUACUGAAAAAAUACUGUCAAGAUUGCCCUUAAAAAAUCUAAUUGCCCUAUAGGAUCUUCUUUCACAUAAACUAGGUUCUUGGAAAGCUGGAAUUGAUGAUUCUUAGUUUUAAAACUGCCAGAAUAGGAAGGAGGGAGAACACCUUCCUACCCUUUGGUCAGCAGUAUGAACAAAAUUUAGAACUCAGUUCGAGUGGCCUUUGGCCGUUCAUGCUCGUUGGAUUUGGUAGAUGGAAACCCAAGGUUGGAAGGUUAUCCUUAUGAAGACGUAGCUCAAAAGACUCCAGUUUCUUGCAACAUGUGUUGUGAUGUCUCUGUGAAGAAGACUUAGUGUGGAUUUGGGCGGGCAAGAAAAACACCCAGAAAAGGACAUGAUCAAGUUGACCUUUUUAUACUGUAGUACUUUGCUGUUAAAUAACCCCAAUAUUGUAUCUGCAUUUAUCUUUUGUUCAUUGACUUUCACCUACAUACAGUAUUAUAUAGUAGAGAAAAAUGGGAAAAUGCAAGUGAAUUCAAGUAUAUUUUAUAUGUUGUAUAUAGGUACACCCGGACCACUCAUUCGGGUUGUGUUAAGGAGAUAGUCACAAAGGGCUUAUGAAAAUCACUUUUAAAUUAAUAAUUAGAGUAGUGAAUAAGCAAUCCUGUGAUCCACUCAUUUGUUUUAUCUCAGUUAUGAUUAUAAUGCAAUCAGUUAUGUAUUUUAGUUAUUUUGAUUUUUAACUACAAAUAUAAAACUAACACAUGUAAUGAUGUCUCCCAGCCCUCAUAUGUGGAUAUUUUUUAAGUGGACUUGUAUGCUGAUAAUUCUAGACCAAAGUAAAUAUGGCAGAAUAUUUAUACAUGAAAAAUAAUUUUGAAAAUAUUUUCUAUAACUGUAUUCAUUUAAAAUGUUAAUAGCUUGUGUUAGUUUCAGGGAGGGGUGUAUAUUUUGAUAAAAUACUUGACUUUGUAAUUCUGUAUAUUCUAUACAAUUUAUAGCAGAGCCGUUUUAAGACAACUGGUUACAUUUUUUUGUUGUUGUUGAUUGUGAAAAUGUUAUGAGUGAUGUUUAAAGUAUGCAUUGAGUACAUAAUGACC